AUGGACUCUUUAAAGAGUGUGUUCUUAGAGGAACAUAGAUUUCCAAAGGAAUUGGAUUCCUAUAGGAAUGAACUUUAUAAGGAGCGAGUUUUUAAAACAAUGUGGAUUCCUAGAGGAAUGUGGUGUAUGUUCUCAAAAGAAUGUGACUUCAAGUUCCAAGAGAAAAGAGAUUCAUACAAGAAUGAGAUUCUUGAAGGAAUAGACUUGUUGAGGAGUGAGUUCUUGAAGGAAUGUGGAUUCUCGAA